AUGUCCCAAGUCUACAGUAACUCACGUUCAGAUACCUUAUUUUUGGGUGGUGAAAGAAUCAGUGGGGAAGAUAUUCGUAAUCAAAAUGUUUUAGCUGCUUUGGCUGUUGCAAACGUUGUGAAGUCUUCUCUAGGGCCUGUCGGUUUGGAUAAGAUGUUAGUGGAUGAUAUUGGUGAUUUCACUGUCACCAAUGAUGGUGCCACUAUUUUAUCUUUGCUGGACGUCCAACAUCCAGCAGGUAAGAUCCUGGUUGAAUUGGCGCAGCAGCAGGAUAGAGAAAUCGGUGAUGGUACUACUUCUGUGGUCAUUAUCGCAUCCGAACUGUUGAAGAAGGCAAAUGAACUAGUUAAGAACAAAAUUCAUCCAACUACAAUCAUCACUGGUUUCAGAGUCGCUUUAAGAGAAGCCAUUCGUUACAUCAAUGAAGUUCUAUCAGUCAGUGUCGAUUCAUUAGGUAACGAAACGUUACUUAAUAUUGCAAAGACCUCCAUGUCUUCAAAGAUUAUAGGUGCAGACUCUGAAUUUUUCAGCAGUUUAGUGGUCAACGCACUACUUGCCGUUAAAACUCAAAAUUCAAAAGGUGAAGUGAAAUACCCAGUUAAAGCUGUCAAUAUAUUAAAGGCUCACGGUAAAUCUUCUAAAGAAUCAGUUUUAGUCCAUGGUUAUGCUUUGAACUGUACAAUUGCCUCCCAGGCCAUGCCAAACCGUAUCGCUACAGGUAAUGUCAAAAUUGCUUGUCUUGAUAUCAACUUUCAAAAGGCUCGUAUGGCAAUGGGCGUUCAAAUUAAUAUCGAUGAUCCAGAACAAUUAGAAGAAAUCCGCAAGCGUGAAGCAGACAUAGUUUUAGAAAGAGUAAAAAAAAUUAUCGAUACCGGUGCUCAAGUUGUGUUGACUACUAAAGGCAUUGAUGAUUUAUGUUUAAAGGAAUUCGUCGAAGCCAAAAUAAUGGCUGUCAGACGUUGUAAGAAAGAAGACUUAAAGAGAAUCGCCCGUGCUACUGGCGCCACUCUAAUAAGUUCUAUGUCCAACUUAGAAGGCGAUGAAACUUUCGAAUCUAGUUAUUUGGGUACUUGUGAAGAAGUUGUUCAAGCUAAAUUCUCCGAUGACGAAUGUAUAUUGAUCAAGGGUACUUCCAAACACUCUUCUUCAUCUGUCAUUCUACGUGGUCCAAACGACUACUCGUUAGAUGAAAUGGAACGUUCAUUACACGAUUCCUUAUCCGUUGUCAAGAGAACUCUAGAGAGUGGUAACGUUGUACCAGGUGGUGGUUGUGUCGAGAGUGCUUUGAACAUAUAUCUGGAUAAUUUUGCAACUACAGUUGGGUCCCGUGAUCAAUUAGCCAUUGCUGAAUUUGCAUCUGCAUUAUUAAUUAUUCCAAAGACCCUAGCUGUGAACGCUGCAAAGGAUUCCAGUGAGCUAGUUGCGAAACUGAGAUCUUACCACGCUGCAAGUCAAUUGGCUCAACCAGACGACAUAAAGAGAAAGAACUACAGAAACUACGGUUUGGAUCUGAUCAAGGGUAAGAUUGUCGACGAAGUCCAAGCUGGUGUUCUGGAACCAACCAUAAGUAAAGUGAAGUCUUUGAAAUCUGCAUUAGAAGCCUGUAUUGCCAUCUUAAGAAUCGAUACAAUGAUCGCUGUUGAUCCAGAACAACCAAAGGAAGACCCCCAUGCUCAUAUGUAA